CCUCCCUCUGCCUGCGCAAUUUUUUCCCCGUGGUUGUGAAAAUCUCUCUGCAGAUUCUCUCUCUCUCUCUCUCUCUCUCUCUCGCUUCUACCUUUCUCUGCAAAAGGAGGACGAAGAGAAGUAACCAAAACAAUGAAAGCAGCUGCAUCCAGUGGAUCCUUAUUAUUAUCAGCUCUCCUCUGUGCUUCUCUCUUCUCUUCGUGGUUCUUCUCCACUUCAUUCGCGAAGCACGUCGUUCCGGGUUUCCCGUCUUCCAUCGUCCGCCCGGAGCAGAUUCAACGUUCCCGAGACGAUUGGAACGGUCUCUAUGAGACCAAGUACUACACCCAGAUCCUCGACCACUUCAACUUCAACCCGACGAGCUACAAGACAUUCCAGCAGAGGUACCUGAUCAACCGCACCUACUGGGGUGGGCCAAAACACAACUCCCCGAUCUUCGUCUACACCGGGAAUGAAGGAGACAUCGAAUGGUUUGCCCAGAACACGGGGUUCAUGUUUGAGACCGCACCCCACUUCAAAGCCCUCCUAGUGUUCAUCGAGCAUAGAUUCUACGGAAAAUCGAUCCCUUUUGGAGGCAACAAGGACGUGGCAUACAGCAACACGAGUACGCUCGGGUACUUGACCUCGACCCAGGCAUUGGCCGACUACGCCACACUGAUCACAGACCUGAAGAAGAAUUUAUCAGCGCUCGAUUCUCCGGUGGUCGUAUUCGGAGGCUCCUAUGGAGGAAUGUUAGCAGCUUGGUUCAGGUUGAAGUACCCCCACAUAGCAAUUGGAGCCUUGGCCUCUUCAUCUCCAAUCCUCAACUUUGACGACAUAACCUCUCCUUAUAGCUUCAGCAACAUCAUCACUCGCGAUUUCAAGAGUGAGAGCGAGAAUUGUUACAAGGUGAUCAGAGAAUCGUGGCAGCAGAUAGAACAUACUGCGAAGCAUCAACGGGGACUCGAUAUUCUGCGAAAAUCAUUCAGAAUAUGCAAGAACUACAUAGACGGGGAUGCCCUUCAAGGUUGGCUAAGAACGGCUUUUGUUUACACGGCCAUGACGGAUUAUCCCACCCCUUCGAACUUCCUGAACCCUUUGCCCGCUUAUCCUAUAAAACAGAUGUGCAAGGCGAUAGAUGAUCCAACCAAAGGAAACGACACAUUCGAGAAACUGCAUGGAGCAGCAAACGUUUACUACAACACCAGUGGCGACGUCUCCUGCUUCGACCUCAACGAUAACUCCGACCCUCACGGCCUUGGCGGCUGGAGUUGGCAGGCCUGCACGGAGAUGGUCAUGCCCAUGAGCGGCGACACCAAGGAGAGCAUAUUCCCGGCCUCAGAGUAUGCCUACGCGAAUCGGCUCGCGUACUGCAAAGCCGUCUACAAUGUCGAGCCUAGGCCAAGUUGGAUCACAACUGAGUUUGGAGGCCAUAAUAUCGAGACAGUUCUGAAGAGAUUCGGGAGCAAUGUCAUAUUCUUCAAUGGCUUGAGAGACCCUUGGAGCGGUGGAGGGGUGCUGAAGAACAUAUCAAAGAGCAUAAUUGCAAUAGUGGCAAAAGAAGAAAAAAAAAAUGCAGGAGCUCACCACGUGGACCUGAGAUAUUCGACAAGGGAAGAUCCACAGUGGCUUCAAGAUGUGAGGAAGCAAGAGGUCCACAUCAUAUCCAAUUGGAUCUCUCAGUAUUACCAUGACUUGGCCCAGGCCCAAUAGCACGCGAUGUACACGCAAGACCCGAGAUCACCAUCUCUCAAAAAUAGAUACCAAAACAUUAAUACCAUUCUUCCACAUUUUAAUUUUCGAAAUGUACACGCAAUUAUCUAAGAACAAAUUCUUCUUGUGCUAGCGGUCGAUAUAAUUUAUCAAUAAGGAGAAUUUUUUCGGUGGUUCAAGAAGGAGA